AUGGCACACCAAGCAGCCGCUGCAGCCGCUACAGCCGCUGAUCCUGCAUCAAAAGAAGACGAGGAGUGGGGGAAGAGCAAGGCGAAGAAGCUUCUGAAGGACGAUAUCAUCUCCGGAAGAGUUACGGAUGAGAUGAAGCCAUCCGAGGUGAAGGCCAUGAGACCAGAGUUUGCGAAGUGGAAGAAAGAGCGCUUUGCAUCAAACUUGGGCACACUGAAGGAAGGCAUUGCGCGAGACUUUGGUAGAAUGCUCAGAGACUGUGAAUUCUAUGGGAUAGACAUUGCCAUCGUCAAGGAAAUGAGAAAGAAGGAAGGAAAAGUCCCAUUUUACCGGAGCGCUGCCAAGCCACUACUCAUGCAAGAUAUUGACGAUGAGGUUCAUUUGACAGAGAUUGAGGAAAGGAUGAUUUCUCCCAAGGAGAUCUACUAUUCAAGGACCGAAUACCAACGCUACGCGACACUGGAUGAGUUUCGUGGCUAUCUUUAUCAAGAGAUAAAGAAACGAGAGAAAAUUGAGGUUAAGAUCCGAUACGGAAAGAAGAAGCUCCGGGGCCGUGCUGGUGAAGCAACCCCUGCACUGAUUGAAUUGAUUGGCAAUGUUGAGAAAAGGAAUGAGGAAAAACUGGAGCAGAAAAGGGCCUGGAAACUAGAUGAGACUGAAGCAAAAUAUACCAAGAUGACCGUCAAGGAGCUGAAAGAGGAGCUUCGCAAUCGCGGUCUCAAGCUCAGUGGCAAGAAGUCAGACCUGAUUGAACGUCUUCUAGCUAUGGAAAGCUAG